CAUAGCUAGAUUUAACCAAUAAGGAAUUUUCUCUCCGGAGCAAAGUUAUCUAUCCCCCAGCCAGUCCGCCGGCAUGCUCCUGAGACGCCCAACCCGAUCCCAAUAAACCCUUCUGUUCUUUCAGAAUCCGAUUAAACUGUUAAAUUUAUAAUCCAUCCUCACCUCUUUGGUCAUACUCACGUAUACAUUUUUUCCAGAAGGGAUAUAUAAUCGCCCAGUCAAGUUGAUGGAUGAUUGCAUUUGUAUCAGUAGCGAAGAAGAGUAUUACUCAUCCGAUCAAGAAUCCCUCGACGGACUCGAGAAUGAAGAGUCCGGUUCCCCCGCUCUAGGAGGAAAUUCGUGCAAGGUGAUCACCAAAGAGUCUUUGUUGGCUGCACAGAGGGAGGAUUUGCAGAGAGUGAUGGACUUGCUUUCAAUAGGAGAACACCAUGCUCGUACUUUACUCAUUCAUCAUCGCUGGGAUGUUGAAAAGCUCUUUGCAGAUCUUGUUGAGAAGGGAAAAAGUCGCCUUUUUGCUGAAGCUGGGGUAUCAAUAGAUGAGAAUAAUUAUAAUGGUCACACAGUCACUUCUCCUUCAGUAAUGUGCAAUAUAUGCAUGGAAGAGUUACCUGGAAGUGAAAUGACGAAAAUGGACUGCGGUCAUUGUUUUUGCAACAGCUGCUGGACGGAGCAUUUUAUUGUGAAAAUAAAGGAAGGUCAGAGUAAGCGUAUCAGGUGUAUGGCUCACAAAUGCUUUGCUAUUUGUGAUGAGGCUGUUGUGAGGAAGCUAGUUAGCAAAGAUCGCCCUGACUUAGCAGAGAAGUUUGAAAGAUUUCUCCUAGAGUCAUACAUUGAGGACAAUAAGAUGGUUAAAUGGUGCCCAAGUAUCCCUCAUUGUGGAAGUGCUAUACGCAUUGAGAAUGAUGACCAUUUUGAAGUGGAGUGUUCAUGUGGUUUGCAGUUUUGUUUCAGCUGCUUAUCAGAAGCACAUUCCCCUUGUUCAUGCUUGAUGUGGGAGCUUUGGGCAAAAAAAUGUCGUGAUGAAUCAGAAACUGUGAAUUGGAUUACCGUUCAUACAAAACCUUGUCCUAAGUGUCAUAAAGCUGUUGAGAAGAAUGGUGGAUGCAAUUUAGUUAGCUGCAUCUGUGGCCAAGCAUUUUGCUGGUUGUGUGGGGGAGCAACUGGGCGUGAACAUACGUGGUCCCAGAUUGCCGGACACAGUUGUGGUCGUUAUGUAGAAGACACUGAGAAAAAGGCUGAAAGAGCAAAGCGUGAUCUUUCUAGGUAUAUGCACUAUCAUAAUCGGUAUAAAGCUCAUACAGAUUCUUUCAAGCAAGAAUCUCGACUGCGGGAGAUCAUUAUAGAUAAGGUGUCGAGUUUAGAAGCGAGAAAUACAAAAUUGAAGGAUUUUAGCUGGGUUACCACUGGACUCUAUAGACUUUUCAGAUCAAGAAGAGCUCUUUCCUAUUCUUAUCCCUUUGCGUAUUACAUGUUUGGUGAUGAUCUUUUUAAGGAUGAAAUGCCUGAACAGCAAAGGGAGAUUAAGAAAAACUUGUUUGAAGAUCAGCAACAACAGCUUGAGGCAAACGUUGAGAAACUGUCUAAAUUUAUCGAGGAGCCAUUUGAUGGGUACAAUGAAGAGCGAAUAAUGGAAGUAAGGAUGCAAGUAAUCAAUCUCUCUGUACUCACUGAUACUCUUUGCAAAAAAAUGUAUGAUUGUAUUGAAAAUGAGUUAUUGGGUUCGCUUGUGUUCUGUAACCACAGCAUAGCACCAUAUCAGUCAAAGGGCAUUGUAAGGGCUACAGAACUCUCUUCUGGGUGGAAUGUAAAUAACAAUGAGGAUCAAACAGUGGUGGAUCAGACACAUGAUGGUGAGCCACCACAAUGUUCUGCAAGCUCAGACGAGAAUAAUGGCCACACCUCUACCUCUCGAAAGCGGGCCAGAAAUGAGAAGAGUUUGUUUGAUCUUAAUUUGCCAGCAGAGCUGCUCGACAAGCAUUGACAGUAGUUGACUUGCUCUUCAUUUAUAUAUUUUGAAGUGUACAUAUUUAACUUGAGGAAGCAGCAACUAGCAGAUACUGAAUGUAUUAAUUCAUAUUUUUGGGGAGAUGAAACACAAUGUUUCGUCCACUUUUGUUGCUGUAGUAAAACACUUUAUCCCCCAAUGAGGCAGGGAUUUGUUUAUUUAUAUUAGUCACUACAUAUAUAAUUUGGUCUGAAAACUAAGAACUAAGAAGUACUUCUAAGUUGAAAACUGAGUGAUAUUUUGGCGACUGAUCUGAAAACUGGAUGGAUCAGAUAAGUUUUUAUAAAAACUAGAGAUUUUGUUGUUGAA